AUGCUCCUCCAGGGCCCCCCCGCGCCCGCUGGGGAGGCAGCGACCAUUCACCCCAUCCUCCGUAAUGCAUUGCGCAUUAGUCUGAGCGUGAAGGAGUACCGAGCCCUCCACGACGCCGCCGUCAAACGCGCUCCGGCCUUGAAGGACAAGCUCCCCUCUCCAUCCGGUUAUGAGAGGAUGGCGAGCCCGAAGAACCGGCACACUGAGGCCGCUCUCCGCACGUCCCUGCGCGUAUUCGUGGGCUCGGGCAUCGCGCUGAAGGUGGUGGAGGUGGUGAUGAAGCGGGUUCGAGGCGACACCACACAGAAGAAGACUCGUACCCCGCUGCACCGAAACCCCAUGUUCCGACUCUCUGUGUCCAUGUCCCUCCUGCUCUUCUUCCACCGUCUCCUAUAUCGCUUCUUUGUCCGACUCCGCGCAAACCUCCGCACCGAUGACGCGGGUCCUUUCCGCGAGCGAAACCCGCGGGUUUCGCGCGCGCUCACGUCGCGUUUUGCGCCCGCCGUCGGCGCCAGUCUUGCGGGCUUCGCUCUGGCGAUCACGCCCCAGGACCAGCUACGCUUGACGGCGGCUGUCUACUGGUCGACACGAAGCUUGGAGUUCCUGUACAACGUUAUGGAUGAGAAGGGAUGGCUGGCUGAGCGCCCGUGGUGGUUCGGGAGCUGGCUGCUCAUGCCGAUCUCGUGUGCCCAGCUCUUCCAUGCCUUUAUCUUUGACCGCGAGACUACGCCCACGUGGUUCGGCAAUGCCAUCCUGAAGCUCUCGCCGAGCUAUAUCCCCGGCCGACCGGACUCGCUCCCUGCCAGCAGCGACUGGCCCGAGAAGGAGCAGAUCGUAGAUUCUCUUGCAUCUAUUGCGGAUCUGCGCUGGCCCAAAUUCGUGUCGCCCAUUCUACACCCGACCGACCCUAAUACCUUACCGUCAGUAGUGAAGUCGAUCUCUCCGAUAACUGGGCCUGCGCAUCCCUCGAUCUCGAGCUUGUCAUGUGCUCUGCUUCACCCAAGUGUGCCGAACUGCAGCACCGCGUUCCUGCACCACAUUCUACUCUCGGUGCCCCCGCUGGCACGGUUUUUGACCACCGUGACGCUGGCACUGACGAUCCCUAAAUUCAAGAGCGUCCUCACUCAGCCAAUUACAUCUAUCAACAAUCUAUCUAAGCGGAUCAUCAUGAUGACUGCCGUGUUGUCGGCCGCCAUCGGAUCCGCGUGGGGCAGCGUCUGCCUCCUGAACGGCACCCUUCCCCGCUCGACACUCCCUACCAAGCGCUUCUUCCUUAGUGGUGCCAUCGGUGGACUUCCAUUCAUGUUCCUGGGUAACAGCCGCAGCGUGUUCAUGUACUUCUUCCGUGCUGGGGUGGAUUCGGCCUGGAAAACCGGCGUUAAGCGUGGACUAUGGAAAGGUGGCCGUGCCGGUGAAGUUUGGCUCUUCGUGCUCUCCUGGGCUCUUAUCGGGUCCAUCCUCGAGGCUCACCCGUCGGCGGUGCGAGGCCCAGGCAUUCGCAAGUACCUGGCGUGGAUGCGGGGAGACGGGUGGGUCGACCCCGAGGAAAUUGCGAAACGCAAGUUGCGACGGGAGACGAAGGAGGCAAAGGCCGAGAAUCCGUAA